AUGCUGCCUCCCCAGCCCCUCUGCUCCUUCACCUUUUUCUCCAGUAGCUUUUUUAGGAAGCCACUUGCCUCCUGCAGCUCAGCUGCCUGCUUCCCCACCUGGGCAGGGGAGGAAGACUCUCAGCUGCCUGCUUCCCCACCUGGGCAGGGGAGGAAGACUCUCAGCUGCCUGCUUCCCCACCUGGGCAGGGGAGGAAGAGUCCCAGCUGCCUGCUUCCCCACCUGGGCAGGGGAGGAAGAGUCCCAGCUGCCUGCUUCCCCACCUGGGCAGGGGAGGAAGAGCCUCAGCUGCCUGCUUCCCUACCCAGGCAGGGGAGGAAGAGUCUCAGCUGCCUGCUUCCCUACCCAGGCAGGGGAGGAAGAGUCUCAGCUGCCUGCUUCCCUACCCAGGCAGGGGAGGAAGACUCUCAGCUGCCUGCUUCCCCACCUGGGCAGGGGAGGAAGACUCUCAGCUGCCUGCUUCCCUACCCAGGCAGGGGAGGAAGACUCUCAGCUGCCUGCUUCCCCACCCAGGCAGGAGAGGAAGAGCCUCAGCUGCCUGCUUCCCCACCCUGGGCAGGGGAGGAAGACUCUCAGCUGCCUGCUUCCCCACCUGGGCAGGGGAGGAAGAGUCCCAGCUGCCUGCUUCCCCACCUGGGCAGGGGAGGAAGACUCUCAGCUGCCUGCUUCCCCACCUGGGCAGGGGAGGAAGAGUCCCAGCUGCCUGCUUCCCCACCUGGGCAGGGGAGGAAGAGCCUCAGCUGCCUGCUUCCCUACCCAGGCAGGGGAGGAAGAGCCUCAGCUGCCUGCUUCCCCACCUGGGCAGGGGAGGAAGAGCCUCAGCUGCCUGCUUCCCUACCCUGGGCAGGGGAGGAAGAGUCCCAGCUGCCUGCUUCCCCACCUGGGCAGGGGAGGAAGAGUCCCAGCACAUCCAGGCCAGCAGCUGCUCCUCCUCCUCCUCCUCCUCUGCCCCAGCCCUAACCCCACUGUGUCUUUCUAAGAGGAUCCAAGCAGGUCCCUGUCAGGAGCUUCCCAGAGGCAGCAGAGUCCCCAGUGCAGAGCAGGUUGUGUCCCUCUGUGUGUCCCCCCCCUCAGCUCAGUCAGCCAGAAGCAAGCACUGCAGGUUCCCAGGCAGGGGGGCAGAGAAGGGCUGGGGGGGGAGGGGGGGUCUGAGGAGCUGCUGAAGCUUUAGAGGCUUGCUUGGGAAAGAGGCACUGGAGAAGUGGGACAGCCCCGGGGGGGGGUUUGGCCACCAAAGUGCUCCAUUGGCCUCUCCCCCCCCCCCCCCCCCGGCCCCGAGGGGCUGCAGUUAAUUGGAAUUAAAUGGAGCAAAGCAGA